AUGGCACCACACAGAAUUGAUGAUUUCCUCGAGCUGACUGAUGACAUCGUUCCAGAACUUGUUCAUCCUGGCUACAAGUAUGCUGGGGGUGACGGAACGGCCGUGGACACUCCGGACAAUCUUUCGAACGGUGUUACUGAAUACGACCCAAUAGCUAUUGUGGGUAUUGGUUGCCGUCUCCCUGGAGAGGUAAAGUCUGCUGCUAACCUGUGGGACCUCCUCAUUUCGAAGAAGUCUAGCCAUUCCCGCGUCCCCGCUGAGCGAUGGAACAUCGAUGCUUUCUACCAUCCGAAUGACAACGAGAAGAUUGGUACCAUGAGUAUGGAUAGUGGGUAUUUCAUCCACGAAGACCUCAGAAAAUUUGAAAACAGUUUCUUCGGUAUCAACAACAUUGAAGCAACUUUCAUGGAUCCUCAGCAACGAAAACUACUUGAGGUCGUUUACGAGUGCUUAGAAAGUGCGGGGGUUCCGCUCGAUCAGGUCAACGGAGCAAACAUUGGGACUUAUGUCGGUAGUUUUACGCUUGACUACUGGAUGAUGCAAACCAGGGAGCCCGACUACCUACAUCGUUAUCAUGCCACGGGAAUGGGUACUACAAUUCUGGCCAACCGUAUCAGCCAUGCAUUGAAUCUUCGAGGACCAAGCUUCACACUUGAUACAGGUUGCUCUGCUUCUCUGUAUGCUUUACAUCAAGCGUGCACUGCACUAGAUGCUGGGGAAUGCAACGCAGCCAUUGUGGCUGCCUCAGACUUGCUCCAGUCACCAGAACAGCAGUUGGGCACCAUGAAAGCGGGUGUGCUUUCACCAACGGGAACCUGUCAUACCUUCGACGAGACUGCAGACGGCUAUGGGCGCGCAGAUGGGUUAGGCGCAUUGUAUAUCAAGAAGUCAAGCAAGGCCAUUGCAGAUGGAGAUCCGAUUCGUUCAAUCAUCCGUGGAACGGCAGUGAACAGUAACGGGAAAACGCCCGGAAUCAGUCUACCAAGUCAAGAUGGCCAGGAGGCGGUUAUACGCAAGGCUUACGCCAAAGCUGGCCUGACGAACUUUGACGAUACCCAGUAUGUUGAGUGUCAUGGCACGGGAACUCCCGUCGGUGAUCCGAUCGAAGUCGAAGCAGUCUCUCGCGUCUUCAACAGAGACGUCGCUGCGAAAGGACCUCUCCUUAUCGGAUCUGUCAAGACCAAUCUCGGUCACAGUGAGGCAGCCAGCGAUCUCUCCAGCAUCAUCAAGGCAACGCUUGCUCUGGAAAACGGACUCAUCCCCGCCACGAUCGGUGUUCAGAACAUCAAUCCCAAGAUCAAGGUUGAUGAGUGGGCCGUACAAAUCGUUCAAGAAAAUACCAGAUGGCCAUCUUCAAUCGGGACGGGCCCUCCCAUUCGCAGGAUUAGUGUCAAUUCAUUCGGCUAUGGUGGUGCAAACAGCCAUGCCAUUCUCGACUCCGCGUCGAGUUAUCCAUCUUCUGCCGAAGAUAGUUCACCUCAAGAUUUGCUGCACCCCAGUUCCAAAUUCAUUCCCUCUGUCAGCGAGCACCUCGUCAGCUUUGAAAAUUCAAGCUGCACGUUUGGUAUCUACAAAUCUCGAACAAGAGAGAUCGGUGCCGCUUAUGCCGCCGAGAGAUUUUCUGCUGCACAGGCCAUCAUUGUUGCUUUUUACCGUGGAUACGUCGUCGGCAAAACUGAGACCACGACCUCGGGGGCCAUGAUGGCAGUGAGUCUCGGCGAGGAUACUGCGAAGGCCGAGAUCAACCUUUUGGGUCUAGGUGGUAGUAUCAAGGUCGCAUGCGUCAACAGCCCCGAAUCGGUCACUAUCAGCGGCGACGCUGUGGCUAUCGAUCAAUGGCUGACUCUGGGGCAAGAGUACCCGGACCUACUUGAAAAGAGAGUUGGACCACUUCUGCUUCCAGUGGAGUUCACCGAAGCGAUGUGGGUGUCAUCCGUCCAUGAAGAAUCAGUCACAGGCAAAAUCUUACCAUCAUACUGGCGGAAAAACUUGGAGUCACCAGUGCGAUUCAGUGGCGCCCUAGAGCGUCUCCUCAAGCAGACACCAAUACAUCUUAUUGAGAUUGGCCCGCACUCCGCCCUCGAGAUGCCUAUAAAGCAGACUUGCAAAAAGCUGGAUCUGAGCGACGCAAAGUUUCACUACUCUUCCGCCCUCUCUCGCGGAAAGGACGGUAUUGAUUGUGUCUUGAACUUGAUGGGAGAUCUCUUUCUGCACGGCCAUGACGUUUCCUUUGCCAACAUCAACUACGUCGAAACAACAUUUGCCACCGGUAAGCAAGGGAAAGUUCUUACAGAUCUUCCACCCUAUCCUUGGACCUACGACCAGAUCUUGUUCAACGAAAGCCGGUCCAGUCGGGAACUACGAAAUCGUAAAUACGGCCACCACGAUCUGUUAGGCCUACAAACCCUUUAUGGCGAUGGCCUGGUGACGACAUGGCGCAACACCCUAAGAGUGAAGGAUGUCUCGUGGCUUUCUAGCCACAGGCUGGGAAAUGACGUCGUCUUCCCUGCUGCUGGUUACAUCGCCAUGGCGAUUGAGAGUGUCUGCCAAGUCACUGGCACGACAAUUGCUGAUACACCAUCCUUCCUCUUACGCCAUGUGAACAUCGCCAAGGCACUCCCUCUAUCUGUGGAAGAGAAUGAUCCGGGGGUUGAGAUCUUCACUACCUUACGUCCUAUGAAGCUCACUGGGGUAAGCAAUUCAGCAAAGUGGUAUGACUUUGAAGUUGGCUCGUUCGAGAAUGGAAAAUCAAGGACACAUGCUACUGGAAGCAUUAGCCUUGAGAUGACCAUUCCGACAUCGGCCAAGCUUUUUUCUCAGGAGAUAGUGAACUUCCAAUCAUCUGCAACUCGAAACUGGUACAACAGGUUUGCGCAAGUAGGGCUCAACUUUGGCCAAGAGUUUCAAAGCCUGGAGAGAAUAGAGAUUGACCGCAAGAAAGAGGUUAUGCAGGCCCGUUCUACUGUACAAUAUCUUACUGGAGGCGGAGUCGGACAUGCCACCCAAGCGGACUAUAUCAUACAUCCUAUCACGAUCGACGCCAUGCUUCAGACUGCACUCAUCGCUAGCUCCGCAGGCACAAUCAGCGACCUUGCCUGCAUGGUGCCGACUGCCAUCGAAACAGCACGAUUCAAGGCCCCAUCUUCGGUCGACACUCCCUGGUUCGUCGAUGCAGUCUCGCAGCCUGUCGGACCGGGAUCCAUCCAAAUUGCCGCAGAGCUCCAUGAUGGUUAA